GUCAAUGCCUAACCCCAAACCAAUCGAGCUGCUUCUUAUGGCGUGACCAUAGUAGGAUACGUAAAUACAUCUCCCGUGUCUACAUAAUCAACGGUCGAGCCUCCCCCCAGAAAGUAGCCCGAACACAGCCAGACAGACGUGCCGCAACUUCGCUAAACAGACACACCACGUGGGAGCAAGCAGGGACAGACGGGCUGUUAAACUCACUCGCUCAGUAGGACUUCUGUCUUGAUCCAUCAUGAAUUUUUUCCUGGAAACGAUCAAAGUCUUCCUGCUGUCCAUCUGGUACAAUGUGGAAUCUUUCAUCCACAUCUUUGUGCCCACGAAGAAGAAGAACAUCACUGGUGAGGUGGUGCUGAUCACGGGGUCAGGUAGCGGGAUCGGCCGCCUCAUGGCUCAGGAGUUUGCGGCUCGUGGCACUGUGCUGGUGUUGUGGGAUAUUAACCAGGACGGGAUGAAGGAAACUGCUAGACUGGCUAAGCAGAGCGGGGCCAGCAGAGUCCACUACUAUCUGUGUGACUGCAGCGACAAGAACGAGGUUUACAGAGUGGCUGACCAGGUAAAGCGAGAGGUGGGUGACGUCAGCAUUCUGGUCAACAAUGCUGGGAUCGUGACCGGAAAGAAGUUCAUGGAUGCCCCUGAUUCCCUGAUUGAGAAGACGGUGGAGGUCAACACCAUGGCUCACUUCUGGACCUACAAGGCCUUCCUUCCUGCCAUGAUUGCCAACAAUCACGGCCAUCUUGUCAGCAUUGCUAGUUCUGCUGGACUCAUAGGAGUCAAUGGAUUGGCAGACUACUGUGCCAGUAAGUUUGCAGCAGUAGGUUUCGCAGAGUCUGUGGGUCUGGAGCUGCUGGCAACUGGGAAAGAUGGCGUCAAGACCACCAUUGUGUGCCCGUACUUCAUCAACACUGGAAUGUUCAAUGGAUGUCAAACUAAGUGGCCAAGACUGCUGCCAAUCCUGGAUCCAGACUAUGUAGCCAAGAAGAUCAUCAAUGCUGUGCUCACAGACCAGGUCUUCCUGCUGAUGCCCAAGAGCAUGUACCUCAUCACUGCUCUCAAGAAUGUCCUCCCCAUGAAGCAGGGCAUUAUGCUGGGCCAGUACCUGGGAGCCUUCAACCUCAUGGACACAUUCAGGGGACGCUCCACAAAACAGGAGUAAAUGAAGAAAGAGAAGAGAAGUUAAGGAUGAGUAAUAUGGAAGGAGACAUGCAAAUAUUAAAGCUAUCUACCUAUUGUGUAUUGCUAUAAUAAGACAGAACAGUAGUCGUGAAGGUUGGACUUGAUUGCUCCUCUCAUUUCAAUGGUUCAUGUAUUCAAGCAUUGAAUGCCCGUUAGUCUCUUUAUAUCUCUCUGUUUUAAUCCUUAAUAUCCUUAACGUACCUGUUUUUAAAUGGCAUGAUUCUUAGUAAAAUUUUAAUUGUAAUCUUAAUAACAGUUUGUAAUUGUG